AAAGCAGACAAGCUCAGAGGAGGGAACAGAUGCUACAGCGGGAAACGUCCAGACUCGUGGUCAGGAUUGUGUGCAGCAGCAGCAGCUGAGUGCACAGUGAUCACCAUCAUGAUGACAACCAAGAGACUUUACAAGUUUGAGGUGUGGUGCGAGUGGGCUUCAUGUGACUUCCGUGGCCACACCAUGGAGGAGCUGAGUGAUCACAUGUCACUGCAUUUAAAGGACUACCUGGGAGAGAGUGAUGCCUUAGAAGAGCUUGAUGAGUAUGCUUGUCUCUGGAAUGGUUGUGAAUUUCUAUCCAUGGGUAGCCCUAGAGAGCUGGAGGUCCAUGCUUACUUCCACAACUACCACGGUAAGCUCAAGUUCAUCGGGUCACAGCUGCUCAAGUCCCGUCCUGAUUUGCCCAGCUGCAACCAAGGCUUGCACAGCAACAACCUGGUUCCUGAAGGAUCAGAUGGAUACGUUUGCCAGUGGGAGCACUGCGAUAGUUCAUUCAACAAUCCUGAGUGGUUCUAUCGACAUGUGGACAAUCACGUUGAGAGUGCAGAACCACAGUCCCUCCUGCAACAACAGCAGGCGGCUCUCUUCUGCCGCUGGACAGGCUGUGAUGCUUUCUUCAAAAUCAGAUACCGUUUGAGAGAACACAUGCGGAGCCACACUCAGGAGAGACUAGUAGCAUGUCCGACAUGUGGCAGCAUGUUCUCCAGCAACACAAAGUUGUUUGACCACCUACACAGACAGGCCGAGCCUAUUGAGUCACUGGUGUGUGAACAUUGUGGCAAAGCUUUUUCCAGUGAGAGGCUUUUGAGGGAUCAUGUUCGUCAGCAUGUGAAUCAGGUGAAAUGUCCUUUCUGUGAUAUGACCUGCACCACUUUGGCAGCUUUGAAGAUCCACAUCCGAUUCCGCCACUGCGAUGAGCGACCUUUCCCAUGUGACUUCUGUGACAAGAGAUUUAAGAACCCGCGCGAUCUUCAAAAGCACACAGAGGUUCAUAAUGAGGGGACUGUGUAUCACUGCACAGUGGAGGGUUGUGAUUAUUCCUGUUACUCAUUCCAAACGAUGAGCCACCACUUCAAGAGAGUGCACGAGGUCGGGGGCAUGUCAAAGUAUAAAUGCCAUAUCUGCGAUAAGGUCUUUUCCUGGUGUUACACUCUCACACUUCACCUCCGCAAGAAGCAUGAGCUGAAAUGGCCCUCUGGACAUUCUCGCUUUAGAUACAGGAAGGAUGUAGACGGCUUCCUAAAACUAAACAUGGUGCGUUUUGAGACCGUUGAAGUGACAAAGGAGAUCAUGAAAAACAUGGCCAAAAAGCCACAGAGCCUUCGGAAGAGUCAGAGAACCAGCAGCCGAAACAAGAGACCGGCAGUCGCACCAGAGAGCGGCCGAAGCUCUCCUGCAGGCUCCUCAUCGCCCUCCUCCAGCUCCUCCUCCUCGGACUCCACAGAGCUCUCUGGAGGUGAGGACGUUUCGUCUCAGCCGAGCCCCAGAGGCAGUGACUCUCCUGUCUAUUGUGUCAUGAGCACAAUCCCUCACAUUGAGGAGGAGCCUGGAGGAUUAUCUCAGGAGGACUGUGAAGGCAGCGGGACAUCCGGAGCGGUCCAGGCCCUGACGGAGGUUGCGAGGGGCCUGGGCAUGGAUGUGGUGUGAUUCCUGCACGCUGCACUGCAUCCAUCAUAGGCGCUCUUGUAGCUGUUAUGCAUAUUAUUAAUUUGCCUCUUGUAGUGUAUUUUGCUGUAGAGCAGCCAGUGGAGACUUUUUUGUGGUCUCCUGUGUUUUUAGAGUGGUGCUACAUGGAGGUGUUUUUUUCUUCACUGCUUUUGGGGACCACAUUGUCAUCAUCGCAGCUAUUAUUAACUCUGUUGCCUCAGCUUGGCUUCGUGACGCCUCCCGUCUGCUAAUUCUGCUAAUCAUUCUCAUAACGCUACGAUGAAUGACAAGACUUAAAAAGCACUACAAAGCUAGUUUUAUGAAAUGUUCUUUACGUGAUCUUUACACACUGCGUCCCAUUCCCUGUGAUAUUUCCAUGAUGUUGCCUGACAGAAGAUUUCAGAAGACAUUAUCUUUUAUGGUAGCCUUUGAAUUUCACUUGAUUUUAUUGUUACAAAUGCAAAAUACAUUUUUGAUACAAAAAGUAAGCUUUCCUCACUUUGGAUUAUAUUGUUUUUUCUUAGUCACACUUGUUGUAGGGAUGGCAAUGUUAGUUUGUCAGUUGAUCCACCACUUUGGUCCAGAUGAGAUACCAUCUGUCCUGACUUUUAAUCUAGCGCCAUCAUCAGGUCAAAAAUGUAAAUUUGACCAGUGCUUUGGUUUAUUACCAAAAAUAAUGGCAUUUCCAUUAGCCUCAGCUGUAAUUUGCAUUUACUUCUAGUUAGCAAAUGUUAGCACACACACUGUGCCUGUUUUUUAUUUUAUUCAUUUAUUUUUCUGAGCACUGAGAGUUGAAAAAUGCUUUGGUUUUAAGUUUGGUUAAAAAGCUUCAGCUGCUCUUCACUGUCACUUUUGACCCAGCUGUGGGCUGGCUGUUUUCUGAGGAGCGCCUGGCAUUAUCAGCUGUGGAAAAAAGCUUUGGAGGACACAUUUAUCUUGUACAGAAGCAUUCAUCUCUCAACUCGGCUGAUUUUUGGUUUUAGGUUUACAGAUUUACAUUUUUUAAACCUUUUCUUUCUCCAAACAUAAACUAAACUAAACUAAACUAAUUCAAAAGUAAACAAGCACAAGCAUUUUUAAUAUAUUUAAUUUAAAAAUUAGUAAUGAAAUAAAUAAACAAGGGGAUAAUUUCAGCCCAAGUAUGACUUUAAAGUUGCCAAAAUCCAUCCAAGAUAUUAAUGUCAAAUGUCAGGACCAUCAUGCUUUAUUAAGAACUAAAUGCUGCUAAUUUAAGCUGUUCUAGUGUGAAGAGUUAUGUUGUUAAAGGUAUACUAUGCAGGAAUUGUGGGUUACUGUUACCCCAGACUGGCAUUUCCCACAUUUUUUUGUUUUUUCGUCAUCCUGAACACUACAAAAAUUACUGAGUUGGGUUACUUUUGUUUUAGUCUGUACAUUGAUCUGUAGAAAAAUCCUGCGUAAUAUACCGUUAAUGACUUGAGACAGUAUUCAAAAGUUUCCCAUUUUCUCAGAUGGUACUAUGAAUGCCUGAUGGCUGUCACUGCUGCUCUCCCUCUUCUCAUGCACGCCUUGGUGACUCAGGGUCCCAUGUGGGAUGCUGCCAAGUAGCCAAGAUGAUGGAGAUGACCGUUUUCAUGUUGUGAUUGUACAAACUCCCUCCCUGUAAGGUACACAGUCUCCUGCUGCCUCAGAGCCAGAGGGAAAUAAAAAGGAGGUGUAAAGCAA